AUGGAAGAUAACAACACUUAUGUUCGAUCAGGAGGAGGCAUUUCUUCAGAAUACAGGGGAGUAAGGAAGAGGAAAUGGGGUAAGUGGGUGACAGAGAUACGCGAGCCAGGGAAGAAGACGAGGAUAUGGUUGGGGAGUUUCGACACCCAAGAGAUGGCAGCCAUUGCAUACGACGUAGCUGCAUUUCAUCUCAGAGGACGUGGUGCUGUCCUCAACUUUCCAGAGCUGGCAGACGAGUUACCUUGUCCUGCCAGCUCUAGAGCAGAGGAUAUUCGCAGGGCGGCUCAGGAUGCUGCAGCUGCCCUGCAAACAAGGGGUUGUCUAAACCCCUAUAACAUGCAAGUUGCACAGGCGACUGCCCAAUCCUCGUAUGCCUCAUCCUCGUCCCCAAUGAGGGUUGGGCUGUCGCCUAUGCAAAUCCAAGCUAUCAACGAGUCUCCCUUGGACUCACCACAAAUGUGGUCUAGCAUGACAGACACUCAUAUGUUCGAUGACCCUUUCGUCUAUAAUAAUGAUUUUAAAAUGGUGGGUGGCUGGGAGGAUGAAGUUCCGGAUGACUCCCUAUGGGAUUAACUAAUUCCUUACGUCGUGAAUUAAGGUGGGAAUUGCAAAUUUUUGUG